AUGGACGAACACCUCAUCCCCCUCCUACAACAAUGCAAGGUUCUCUUCCUGAUUGACGGCCUGGACGAACUGUCGCCAGGCACUCCAUCACACAGCCUUGUGAAGGACAUCAUCAACAUCUCGAAAUACUCGCCAGGCUUCACACUCGUCUGCACAUCGCGGCCCGAAACCGUGCAAGACUUCCUGGCCAAAUUACCUGAUGGUUAUGAGGUGUGGGACAUGGAGAUGAAAAGUGUUAGCCAUGAACAAAGAAUUCAUUUUGUCAUGAAGCAUUAUAACAGCUUCCCAGACAAGGGGGACAAAGACCCUGAGAGGCUUGAGUACCUCAUGAAACACAUUGGCUGGAAGGAUUACCUCGGCCUGCCAUUAAAUCUCUUGGUUCUACAAGAUAUAUACGACAUGUCUUUGCAAGCUCUUCUACAAGACCGACUCACUCUGUCAAAACAGGAAGAGCAAAAGCUGAUUUGUUGCUGCCUUGGAAAAGGAUUACCCAGCAAGGAAGUCAUCCCAGCGUUUUUCAAUCUUCAAGACACCAGUGACAGGCUGGGGCAUCAUCAGAAGUACGCAGCCCCACACAAGAGCCUACAAGAAUUCUACGGUGCAUCAGCAAUCGUCCACAAGUUGGUGGAGGACUCACACUCAGCAAACAUACGGCGCAUGCUUCACGACCCGCCGCCAGAACAGCUCCGGAACUUGAGGAACCUGCUGCUGCACGUGGCAGGUCUCCUCUGCCACCCUAACACACCACUUUGUGCUGCAGCCAUACAAGAGGUGGUGGACCUGCUGGCGGAGACUGGUGUGAAAAGGUGUGGUGAUUGGCUGUCCAUGCUGGAGGACACUGAAGUGAACAGGACUGCCUUGGAUUGUGUUGUCAGACACAUUACAAGUGAUGAGAGGAAGAAGGUAACAAUAACAGACAGCACCAUCACCAGUGCCAGGGCCCUCCUCCCCCUCAUCCCCCCCAACGUGGUACAGAUACAGCUAAGCAGGAAGGAAUCAGACGUGCAGGGGCUCAUCUUUGAACACCACAAAUACACUGAGCUGUCCCUGCACCACCAAUACAGGCAUCCAGACCAAGCCACUCUCUGUGACUCCUUGCUGCGUGCCAUGCCCAGGAGUCACCUUCAGAUGUUCAUGGGUCACCUAAGUGGUGCCGGCACACAGCUGCUGCAGGAGUGCCGGGGCCUGUGGUGGCUCCGCCUGGCCGUGUGUGACCAAGACGCCCAAGAGGUUCUGGCCGCCAUCAGCGCCGUCCACGCGUCACUGCCUCAGCUAUAUACCCUCUGUGAGUCUGUGACGCUGUGAUGCACCACCUGUGUGUGUG